CUUCAAACUCAUUCAUUAAUCAAUUGUGCCGCACACAAAACCACUUUCCUUUUAAAUCAAAAUUUUAAAGAUUAGAUUCUCAUUCUAUUAUAUACUUUACCUCCACGCAAGAACAUUGUAUCCCUCUUCCUAUUAGAUCUGCUCUUUUCAUUCCUGCUUUUCCAAUUGAAGCUGGGUGCCGGUAGCUAUCAACAAUCUACAUCAUGGAUGGUGUUGUUGUGAGAAGAGUCAUACCUUCUGAUAACAGUUGUCUCUUUAAUGCUGUUGGGUAUGUUAUGGAUCGUGACCAAACUAAAGCUGCUGAGUUGAGACAGGUUAUAGCUGCAACAGUAGCAAGUGACCCCGAGAAAUAUUCUGAAGCAUUUCUUGGGAAGCCAAAUGCAGAAUAUUGUAACUGGAUUCUUGACCCAGAGAAAUGGGGAGGUGCAAUUGAACUCUCAAUAUUAGCAGAUUAUUAUGGACGCGAAAUUGCAGCAUAUGAUAUCCAAACAACACGGUGUGAUUUGUACGGUCAGGAAGGUAACUAUUCUGAAAGGGUGAUGCUCAUAUACGAUGGUCUCCAUUACGAUGCUUUAGCUAUGUCUCCCGUUGAAGAAGCUCCCGAGGAUUUUGAUCAGACCAUAUUUGCCAUACAAAAUUCCAGAAGCAUUGGACCUGUUGAGCAGCUUGCGAUAAAUUUUAUUAAAGACCAACAUAGGAAACGGAAAUUCACCGACACCGCCAACUUCACUCUGCGCUGUGGGGUAUGCCAAAUUGGAGUUAUUGGUCAGAAGGAGGCAGCGGAGCAUGCUCAAGCAACCGGUCAUGUUAAUUUUCAAGAAUAUAGAUGAUACACUGUGAGGCAUUAACUUGUAUGUGUAGUAGUCUCGGUUGAUUUGGAUGAGUGUCUCUCUUGUUUAAAGCUGUAUUGCAUAUCUUCGACUUUUGUAUUUUAUAUUUAAACUUAAUAAUCUGCAUGCCUUGGAAUUGUUGUGGCAA